CUAACCGGCUAACUAGCCGCAGGACGUAGCUUUUAGCGGAGUAAAAGCCGAGCCGCUGCGGGAGGACUGACGUUUCAUCUCGGCUGGAUUAACACGUACAGCUCGGUGUGGAUGGAACUCGUCGGAAGGAGGGCGGAUUAGCCUGUCGUUGCUAGCAGCACCGGAGCGGAUCACAUUCACUCGCGAUGUAUUUUCUGACCGGCUGGCCGCGGAGGCUUCUGUGCCCGCUCAAGAGCUCCGAGCAGCCGUUUCACAUCCAGCCGAGCUCCCAGCGCUUCUACUUCUGCGUGCUGUCGGAUACUCAGCUCAGCAUCUGGUUCAGCAGGCCCAGUGUUUUAGUCGUCAGUUAUAUCGAGUCAGAGAAAGCGGCUGCUCAGUUUGGAUUCUAUCAGCAGGCGGAAUGGAAACCAGACGACUCCAUGAUAGCGGUGGCGGCUGCGAAUGGAUACGUGCUGCUGUUCGAGAUUGUCGGAGGUGCAGAUGACAAAUACCUGUACGAGCCCGUCUAUCCAAAGGGUAGUACACGUGUAAAGCUCACUCCAGGUUAUAAGGAGGAACAAUGUGCUCCUGCUCUCAGUCUGGAGAUGAAGAAACCGGUUGACCUAGAGGCCCCUAUUACCAGUCUGCAGUCUCUGCAGGAAGAUCUGCUGGUAUGCACGGCUGAUGGUUACCUGCACAUGCUGCACUGGGACGGAGUGUGUAACGGCCGGAGAGCCGUCAACCUCAGCACUAUUCCAUUCUCUCUGGACCUGCAGUCCUCACGGGGUGGUCCGUGUUUGGCUCUGAACGGCAUCUACAUCAGAGAAAUGGAGUACUGCGUGACUUUAGAUGGGUUCGCCGUUGUGGCCGACGAUGGACGACUCGGCUUCAUCACGCCGACCGCUAACAGAUUCUCCACUGAGCACCUGCAGGGCGUUUGGGCAGCAGAUGUGACAGACGGCACUUGUGUAGCAGUCAACAACAAAUACAGACUCAUGGCGUUCGGCUGUGCGAGCGGCUCUGUGUUGGUCUACAUGAUAGACAACACUACAGGAUCAAUGCAGCUGUCCCACAAACUGGAGUUAAGCCCCAAACACUACCCAGAUAUUCACAAUAAAACUGGGCCAGUUAAGAUGAUCAGAUGGUCUCCAGACUGCAGUGUUGUCAUGGUGACGUGGCUGUGUGGAGGCCUUUCUCUGUGGAGUGUGUUCGGAGCUCAUCUCGUCUGCACACUCGGAGAGGACUUUACGUGCUGUUCAGAUGGCACCCACAGGGAUCCACUAAAGAUCAGCUGUAUGAGCUGGGGGGCAGAAGGUUACCACCUCUGGGUGAUUAGCAGCACCGAGACAGACAGUGAUGGGUCAAAAGGGUUACAACAGGCAUCAAUCCUGCAGUUUCAGUUCAUCAAGAGUGCACUCACAGUCAAUCCCUGUACGAGUAAUCAGGAGCAGGUGCUGCUGCACGGUGAAGAUCGGCUGCUGAUGACCUGCGGAGACGCCGCUGUUCAGAUACACAAUCAGGAGCAGCAUGCACCACGGAGCACGACGCACACACAGCUCAGCACUUUACUGGGGCACAAACACUGGCAUGUGGUGCAGAUUCACAGCACGUAUCUGGACACUAACUGGCCGAUACGGUUUGCAGCUAUAGACUCAGCAGGUCAGUGUCUAGUGGUGGCAGGGAGACGUGGAUUUGCACAUUAUUCCCUGUUCAGCAGAAAAUGGAAACUGUUUGGAAACAUUACACAGGAACAGAGUAUGGCUGUGACGGGAGGUCUUACCUGGUGGAAUGACUUUGUCGUCGUUGCCUGUUACAAUUUCAUUGACCAGCAGGAGGAGCUGAGGUUUUAUCUCCGCUCUUCUAACCUUGACAACGCCUUUGCAAGCGUUACAAAGCUGCAUGCUGAAACUUUGCUGCUCAAUGUGUUUCGGAACACAGUCAUCCUGUUUCGCACCGACUGCUCCAUCUGCCUUUAUAGCGUCGAGAAGAAACAGGACAGUUCUUCAGUGAGUGUAGAUCUACUACAGGAAGUGUCUAUGUCUCGCUAUAUUCCUCAUCCUGCUCUAGUAGUUUCAGUCACACUCACUUCAGUCAGAACCGAGACUGGAAUCACGUUAAAAACUCCACAGCAGAUGUGUAAUGCAGAAAGCAUUCUGUUAAAUUUGGCUGGUCAGCUCAUCAUGCUGCAGAGAGAUCGAUCCGGUCCACAGGUACGAGAUAAGGACUCAUCAGCCAAUCAGAAAACACUGCUACCGUUUUCACCGCCUGUGGUUCUGGCUCAAUGUGUGGAGAACGUUUGGGCCUCCAGCCAUUCCGGCUGUAAAAAGCGCCACCUUGUUGAGGCUCUAUGGCUUUCGUGUGGCGAGUCAGGGAUGAAGGUGUGGCUCCCCCUGUUCCCACGACGUGAAAAUCGCAAACCUCACUCGUUCCUCUCGCGCCGCAUCAUGCUUUCAUUCCUCUUGGACAUCUACCCGCUCGCUGUACUCUCUGAGGAUGCACUUGUUUUGGGUGCUGCUAACGAAACGCUGUUCUAUGACUCUUCAUUUUCUCACCAUAAGGAGGGCCUCGGAGGAAAUUCCAACACCAAAGACGGACUAAGGCGCAGUUCAUCUUUUUCUUUGUCACAUGAGUCCCUUGAGACGUUUUUCCCAUACUGCAUGGUCGAACGGACGUCCCAAAUCUACCUCCACCACCUCCUUCGUCAGUUGCUGGUAAGAAAUUUGGGCGAGCAGGCGCUGUUGUUGGCUCAGUCGUGCUCAUCGCUGCCGUAUUUCUCCCAUGUGCUGGAACUGAUGGUGCAUGUGGUACUAGAGGAGGAGGCCACAUCUAGGGAGCCCAUUCCGGACCCGCUGCUGCCCACUGUAGCCAAGUUCUUGGCCGAGUUCCCCCUGUUUCUGCGUACCAUUGUCCACUGUGCCAGGAAGACAGAGUUUAAUCUCUGGAACUACCUGUUUGCUGCGGUUGGCAACCCUAAAGAUCUGUUCGAGGAGUGCAUCAUGGCCCGGGAUUUGGAUACAGCUGCCUCGUACCUCAUCAUUCUGCAGAACAUGGAAGCUCCAGCCGUGAGUCGCCAGCACGCUACCCUCCUCUUCAACACGGCACUGGAACAGGGAAAGUGGGAUCUCUGCCGUAACAUGAUUAGAUUCCUCAAAGCUAUCGGGUCAGGGGAAAGUGAAACUCCGCCCACCACGCCCACCAGUCAGGAACCAAGUUCUACGGGAGGAUUCGAGUUCUUCAGGAAUCGCAGCAUCAGUCUUUCUCAGUCAGCAGAAGUGGUUUCUACAGGAAAAUUUAAUUUACAGAAAACCUUCAGUAUGCCCUCAGGACCCUCCACGAAAGGUAGGGAGAGCGAAUGUCCUGAGAACAUGUACAUCGACAUGAUGUUGUGGCGACACGCACGCUGUUUGCUCGAGCAGAUCCGUCUGAAGGACCUUGGCUGUUUCUCAGCUCAGCUGGGCUUCGAGCUGAUCGGAUGGUUAACCCGUGAGCGCACGCGGGUUGCUCGCGUUACCGACUUCGUCUCAGCACUCAAAUGCCUUCAUAAUGAUUUCCUGUGGCCUUUCCCUGUUCUACCUGCCGGCUCACCUUUGAAAAACGGACGCUGUCGGACAGUGUUAAGUACUCGCCUGGUCGCAUCUCAGUCGAACGAUAGCUUAAUGAACAACGAUAUGGAGAUGACGCCUCCUCAGGUCACCUCAACCAAUCACAACUGGCUGGAUGGUCUGAAAGCACAGCCGAAGGAGAUCGAUUCCACCUCCUCACACGGAGCUCCACAGACCCAGGAAGCUUUUCUGUCUCCUCUUAUCAAUAAAACGGAGGAGUGCAGUAUCGGUUCGGCUACAGAUCUAACAGAGACAAGCUCCAUGGUGGAUGGUGAUUGGACGAUGGUGGAUGAGAACUACUCCGCACUCAGUCUUAGCCAGUCAGAGCUGGAGCACAUUUCCAUGGAGCUGGCCAAUAAGGGUCCUCACAAGUCUCAAGUGCAGCUAAGGUAUUUGCUUCAUGUGUUUUUGGAGGCGGGCUGUUUGGAAUGGAGCGUUGUGAUUGGUUUGAUCCUUCGUGACGUCAACGUCAUUAAGCAAGUUUUGGGCUUUUUGGACUGUGCCGAUUCUGAAACCGUUCAGAAUGUACAAGCCGGGCUCAUCGCCAUCGACCAGUGGGCCUCCUCUAACUGUCUCGGUUAUAAGGCCUUCCUCAAUCUCAUUGCUCCCGAGUUGCAAAAGCUGUGCGACGUCUCCGUGGAUCAGGUUCAGCUCGACUCCUUCCAGCCCUCCGUCACCAAGUUGGCUGAUCCGGUUCUGCCCCGAGUGGAAGAGCAUCGCGUGGGUACCACUUUUAACCACCCCAUGACUCUCGAGAGUCCCCCCGGCUCUCCGCCUCGCACCAUCGAGGAAAACGGCGAGGAGGAAACGGAAGAGGAGGCGGGCGAGGACGGAGCGUAUGACUGCACGUUAUCAUGAUGGAUAGAGAGACUGAGGGAGAGACCCUGGUCGCAACCACCUUGUUUAGUGUAAUGGCGAAGUAGAGGCAGGUAAAAGGCAGGAGGUUUGUCUGGAUUUUUGGUAAUUUGUCACCAAGCGGGUUUACUAGGAUGCACUUAUUUACACAUGAAAUACCAAUUCAGUUUCCACAUGUAAUAGAUAUGGUGGAAUUUAGUUUGGGUGCAUAAAUAAUUCUUCAUUUUAAUUAUCCAGCCCUGUUUGGCCCACUGACAUAAUUAUGACAGGCAGUAGUUGUUCAGGCAUAGUAGCAUUCCUUCACACAUGAGCUGAUCUGGGAAGCUUUCCUGGUCUUAGUCAGAUUAAAUUUCCAUUCUGACUUGGUGUGUUCACAUUUAAGCACUACUCACUUCAUUCCUGGGUGAAAGUGCACAUAAUUCUUUUCUUUUCUUUUUUUUUUUUUAGCAGGGGAAAAUAUGUCCACACCCUCAGUUUAUUUUGUAGCCUAUUAUGGCCUGUUAUGUACCAGAAGCUGCUUUUGGGACUUGAACGACACAAGGGAGGAACCUCUUCGGGUUUCAGUGGCCUACACAGAGAAUAAGGUGACUAGGAUAAAAAUAUGGACUCGAUGUGGCUCGACUUGACUCUUGUGUGUGCUACUCUUACGCUUGAUUUUGCAUCUAUCCAGACUGCAGUGUGUGUGUGUGUGUGUAUGUAUAUUUUGUGUGUAUUCCUGUGUUCUAACACCAGUAUUAUUUAUCCAUUUUUAUUUAUCUCAUCCCUAUCAUGUUAUACGCUCAAAACAGGGAGUCAUGCUUUUGUUUACAGUUGAAAUGAUGCAUAGGAAGAUCUAAGUCUUAUGAUGGAUUAAUGGUGCGCUUUUGAUUAACAUCUUGCAUUGGAGAUUUCUGUCUCCAAGAAGCACUGAAUUGAAGCUAUUUGGGCCAGUGAGUAACAGGAACAUAGUAACUUUUGGAAACUGUUGGAGCAUCAGUCAAUAUAAAUGUCCUGUAGCAUGCAAACAGAUCAUGACUAACUUUUUUAAAUAUUAUUGUUACUUUUGGACAAAGUGUUUCUUUAUUUUUACUUUUACUGGUACUUACAGUUCUGUAGUAACAAAUUGAGCUUGUCGGAGGUGUACAUCAUUAUUUUACUAGCUGUGUGUGUAGACUUUGGGUUUGUUUCCCCAACAACUAUUAAGAGCGAAUGCUGAGAACAAGUUCCAUCUCAGAUACCUCAUUAAUUAUAGUUCUCAGUGCACGGAUCUACCUUCAUCCUAAAUGCGACAGCUUUAUUCUUUCCAGUCCCACUUGGUAUUUCAGAGGAUGGUGGGUAAACGGUCGUUCUGUCUAAAAACAAAACAAAGCAAUCCAUGCAGAAUAUGCAAGUCAUGUAGUGCAAGUCUAAAUUUGGUUUUAGACCUUUCAGAUGGGCGAAUGGUCCCCCCUUAGAAAUCCCAGUGUUGCUUAUGGUUAUAUUUUGAUAUCUUUGCAAAGGCAGUGCUUGCAUUUUAUUAUAGUGAUAGUAAACACAGAUCAAGCAAAAACUACAUUCAAAACACAGCACGAUCAUGUAUGUGUAGGAACAUGGUCAACAGACAGAUGCGAACGAAGCCAGUGCAGUGUACAUGCAGUCUGUUGUGCAUCCGCACUGUGCAAUCUUGCAUUACUCUGGAGGUAGUUUCCAUGUCAGGAAAUCAGACAAAAACACACUCGACCUAUAAGACAGUUGCAGCACUUUUAGUGGGAACGCUUGUUGUGCUUGUGACACUUUUAAAUACAACUUGCUUAGCUGAAACAUAUUAUUUGUGUUAUGUAUAUUUUUAGCCUUAUACAUUUGAACAUAUAAAGUAUAUCCAAGUAUUAAAAGCCAUCGACUAGCAGCUUUGACAACGAGGGCUUUGAGUUCGUCACUGCCGAUCAAUCUAGUGUAUUAACCUGACCGCAUAGUAGCUGCUUAUUACGCUUAUAUAUGUUCAUAUGUUUCCACUGCAUUAAGUAAGCACUGGGAUAUUGGAUCUCUGCCUGUGGGAGCUACAUAAGCAGCCCUAGAAGCAGUACUAAACAAUCACAAAUGUAUGUCGUUGUUGUUAAGGGUUACCAUUUAUUGUUUGGCUCUUAAAGAUAUUUUUAAUGUAUGAUGUGUAUCUAAAGUAUAGUCACUAGUGUAUGUAAUAACUGGUGGAUAAAUACAGAUUUGAAUCUCUGUGCUAGCCCCAAUCAGGUGUAAGACUGGCUCUGAGCUCUUAAAGUGUAAAACAAAAUGAAAAGGGGAAAACGUUGCUGUGUCUCUCAUGAAUUCAGUAUUACAGUGAUUUAUUGAUUUACUGUGUGCAAUGGAAUCAUCAGUUCUUUUUCUUCAUGUUUUAAUCAUUUUAUUAUUCCUAAUUAUGUUUUUCUGGACCAAACUUCGGUUUGCUGCUCCUCAGGUCAAAAAAAACAGUACCAGUAUGUGCUUUUUAAAACUUCUAUCAUUUGCAUGUGUGUACAGCCAAUAAUCUGCUUGAUUCCUUUAGUCUGCUUACCAAAGAACACAUUUCUUGGCUCAUACGGUAUGUGUAUGUGUGUUAGGAGGGUAUGGAUGUGCAAACUGAAUUCAAUUUAUUUAAAUGUCAUUUUUAAACACUCACGAUCACAUGUUUUUUCUGCAUCUUUAAAUCCUGAUCAAGCUAUAAUGAUUUGACUGGUGCAGUGGAGGAACGAUGUGUGGUUAUCGAUCAUUUCAUAUUACUCAAUCUUAAAUGAACUGAAGCAUUGCGGUACUGAUUUCACACAGGACUUUCUGAAUAUGGAGGGGAACAGGACACUUUCUCCUCCUGUGUGUACAGUUAAACUGUUUUCAUGAUUUUAAAUCUGAAUGCCGCUGUGCAUUUGGAGUGAAAGCUCGAUGUGUGUGUGUGUGUGUGUGUGUGUGUGUGUGUGUGUGAUCGCAUCAGAUUCUUGUACAUUUAACGUUUUCUACCAGGUUUGUUUUUCUAUAUUUUUUCCUGUACAUAAAGAACAAUAAAUUAUUUUUAAAA